UAUCAGUCUGUAGCCCAACCCAGUGGCCUGCAGUCAGCACAAGCCAGCUACCAGUCUGCACCCCAGUCUAGUGGCCUGUUGUCAGCACAAACAAGUUACCAAUCGGCACAGGCUCGUUAUCAGUCUGUAGCCCGACCUAGUGGCCUGCAGUCAGCACAAGCCAGCUUCCAGUCUGUUCCCCAACCUAGUGGCCUUCAGUUAGCACAAGCCAGCUACCAGUCUGCACCCCAGCCCAGUGGCCUGCAGUCAGCACAAGCCCGCUACCAGUCUGUAGCCCGACCUAGUGGCCUGCAGUCAGCACAAGCCAGCUACCAGUCUGCACCCCAGUCUAGUGGCCUGUUGUCAGCACAAACAAGUUACCAAUCGGCACAGGCUCGUUAUCAGUCUGUAGCCCAACCCAGUGGCUUGCAGUCAGCACAAGCCAGCUUCCAGUCUGUGCCCCAACCUAGUGGCCUUCAGUUAGCACAAGCCAGCUACCAGUCUGCACCCCAGCCCAGUGGCCUGCAGUCAGCACAAGCCCGCUACCAGUCUGUAGCCCGACCUAGUGGCCUGCAGUCAGCACAAGCCAGCUACCAGUCUGCGCCCCAGCCCAGUGGCCUGCAGUCAACACAAGCCAGCUUCCAGUCUGUGCCCCAACCUAGUGGCCUUCAGUUAGCACAAGCUAGCUACCAAUCUGUGUUCCAACCUAGUGGACAACCAGGACAGACUCGUUACCAGGCUCCAUCACAACCUAGCAGUCUACAGUCAGCCAGCUACCUAUCUGCGUCCCGGCCCAGUAGCCCACAGUCAGCACAGGCCAGCUACCUAGCAGUGUUCCAGCCCAGUGGUCUGCAGUCAGCACAAGCCCGCUACCAGUCUGCACCCCAGCCCAGUGGCCUGCAGACAGCACAAGCCCGCUACCAGCCUGUAGCCCGACCUAGUGGCCUGCAGUCAGCACAAGCCAGCUACCAGUCUGCACCCCAGUCUAGUGGCCUGCAGUCAGCACAAGCCAGCUACCAGUCUGCGCCCCAGCCCAGUGGCCUGCAGUCAGCACAAGCCAGCUACCAGUCUGCGCCCCAGCCCAGUGGCCUGCAGUCAGCACAAGCCCGCUACCAGUCUGUAGCCCGACCUAGUGGCCUGCAGUCAGCACAAGCCAGCUACCAGUCUGCACCCCAGUCUAGUGGCCUGUUGUCAGCACAAACAAGUUACCAAUCAGCACAGGCUCGUUAUCAGUCUGCAGCCCAACCCGGUGGCCUGCAGUCAGCACAAGCCAGCUACCAGUCUGCACCCCAGUCUAGUGGCCUGCAGUCAGCACAAGCCAGCUACCAGUCUGCACCCCUGUCUAGUGGCCUGCCGUCUGCACAAGCCAGCUACCAGUCUGCACCCCAGUCUAGUGGCCUGCAGUCAGCACAAACAAGAUACCAAUCGACACCGGCUCGCUAUCAGUCUGUAGCCCAACCUAGUGGCCUCCAGUCAGCACAAGCCAGCUUCCAGUCUGUUCCCCAGCCCAGUGGCCAAUCUGUGUCUUUUUGGCCUGGAUCCCAGCUCUCUUCUAUGCCAGACCAGUCAAGCUUUGAGGCUCUUUCCACUUUUGGUUCCCAACCCCUGGAGCAACCCAGUAAUGUACAACUUGCUUCAAACUAUGAGUCUGUGUUGCAGUCUGCUCAGCCUGACCUUCAGGAUACAGCACCAUUGCGUUCCCAGACUACUCAAAGCAAGCGCUUCUCACCAGGCAUGUUGAGGCUGUUGCAGCAAGUGAAGUCGUAGCUGCGUAGUUGAUUUAACUUCAAUUAAGUUCAUUUAUUUUGUUCUGUGUGGGGUUUUUUUUGAAAGGAGAGAAAAAUAAAUGUUACUACUUGAACAUA